AUGGAGGACCUUGAACUUCUCGACCUCCUAGACGAGAGCACUACCACCGAAAACUCAGCCGACCCUGUGCCCGAGAACCAGGAACUGUCGCGGAUGCUGUCGCUCCAUACCCCAGUUCCGACGUUAUUCACGGCCGCUGAACGGGAUGACGAGGCUCAGGCGACGGGAUCAGGGCCUUUUCGCAAGAUCGGGGCGGGCGCGUGCGGCUUAAUCUUCGCACAAGAUGGAAAGUCAGUGGUCUACAAGCUCGCCAAAGUCGACAACGAUGAGCUCUGGAAUGACCGCAUCAUGCAUGAGAGGAUUGCACGUGAAUUUUAUAGGUUCGCCAUUGAUGAGGUCAAGGUGCCCGAGUGCUACUACUUCAUCCCUCAGAGAAGAUUCGGCAACAACCCCGAGCUAGUUGAUGCAGCGAAGGAUCUCUGCAAUCUCCCAACUUGUGCUCUCAUCACCGAGCGUAUCCCGCCGCUUCCGUCACAGACCCGCCAUCAGUUGAUCGAGAAAUACUGUUCACCGAGAAUUAAGAAGCAGGCACAUGCUGACCCGGCGAAUCAAGACUGUCUUGUCAGGGUUUACUUGGGUUCAAUGCAGGGGAAGAUUGGGGGGCUGUUUUUCUCCCUUCGCAACCUCAAACCCCAUUUCAACCACAUGAUAGAGCUGAAGCUUGACAUUAAGACACUUUCUCGUAGGAUGGGCAUUGCAUUGGCUGUCCUUCAUUGGGCCGCUAAAACAGACGCACGGGAUGUCGAAUUUGUGCUCGGGAGCUCAACAAACAAGGACAACACGGGAGUUGAAGAGCCUGAGGGCUACUUCGACCACAUCACGGAACUCUUCGUCCUGGAUUUCAACCAGGUCCGGGCGAUUACGAUGGAUGAUGAUGGGGUCGCGCUGGCGGUAGAAGCAUGGCGUCUGAACGACCCAUAUUAUCCAAGGCCGCUAGGAAACACGGGGGUUGAGAGGUUUGCUUGGAGAACAUUUCAAGAGCAGGGGAAUACGUUGCUGAAUCUGCCACGGAAAUUCAUCUUGGUAAUUAUAGCGGUAGAGAGAGCAAGGAUGGAGUCUAGAGUUGCAUAG